AUUGCUCCAAUGAUGUCAGCGUUGUUGUACUGCCCACAGCGUCACAGUCCAAACUUUCGUUUCCUAAAAAGAGAAACGCAGAGAGAGAGACAGAAUGUACAGAGGAAAAAGCAUGGAAGACAAAUUUAGCGGAACAUUUGCAAGUAAUCAGCCAGAGUCAGAUGUGAACAUUAUGCUGUUGGGCUCGACUGGAGCAGGAAAGAGUGCGUCGGGAAACACCAUCCUGAGCAGAGCCAGAAACCCGUUUGAAGAUGAUUUUUCUCCUGAGGCUGUGACCAAAGUCUGUCAGUCAGCACAAACCGAAGUGGAUGGGCAAACAAUAAACGUGAUCGACACUGUAGGACUCUCUGAUACAUCAGUGAAUAUCACAGAGGCUCAAACUGAAAUAGGGAAGAAUAUUACACAUCAUGGUAUUGAUGUGUUUCUGCUGGUAAUCAGAUUGGGUGAGACGUUCACGAAGAAUGACAGUAAAGUUUUGAAAUGGGUCUUGGAUAAUUUUGGAACAAAGGUCCUAAAACAUACAAUAGCGCUCUUUACUAACGGAGAUCAGUUACAUGUGCCAGUAGAGAAAUAUCUGAAUAAAAGUAAAACAUUGCGGUCAGUUGUUGAUCUGUGUUCAGGAGGAUUUCAUGUUUUUAACAACAAAAAAGAAGACAAAUUCCAAGUCGCUGAGCUUCUGAAAGAAAUAAAUAAACUGAGGAUGCAGAACAGAUACAGGAGAUACACUGAGCAGGACUAUAAGGAGACUCAGGAAGCACUGCUACAUAGUAAAUGUGUUAUUGGAGCAGCUUUAGGAGGAGGAGCUGGAGCAGUAUUAGGAGGAUUAGUAGCAGCAGCAGGAGCAGCGGGAGCAGCGAUGGCAUCUACGAUGGAAUCAGCUGCACCAUCUGCAGGGCAAGCAGCAUUUAUAGGAGCAAUACUAGGUGCAGCUCUGCUAGCAGUAGCAGCUUUUGCUGCAGUGCAUUUAUUUGAAAGACAAAAAACCCAAAGAUAAAAGUAACAUUUUAUACUCUCAGAAAAAAAGGACAUUUGAUCUUUCUUUUUUUAAAUUUUAUGACAAUCAUGUAUACACAUCUAAUUACUAUAUAUAUAUAUAAUAGUGGCAAACAUUGAGGUCUAAGCACCAAUAGACUUGCCCCUUCUCUGUCCACUUUUAAAUCUCUCCUAAAAACAUAUAUGUUUUGUUUGGCUUACAAAUAAUUUUCUAUUAUAGUCUUUACUUAGUCUGUUAUGGGUUUAUACUUCUUCUUUUUUUCUUGUGUCAUUAAUAUAUUU